GAGAGGGAGGGGACUACCUACAGCUGUCUUGACUGGAACCCGGCAUCACGAAGACAUCAGUGCGACUGGUCACGCCGGUGAAUCACUCCAUCCUUUCUCAGGUAUCAUAAGUCAGCUCGGUACACCAUGAAGAUUUGGACAUCUGAACACAUAUUCAACCACCCAUGGGAGACGGUGACCAAGGCUGCUAUGCAGAAAUACCCCAACCCCAUGAAUCCCAGCGUUGUCGGCGUGGACGUUUUGGAUCGCAGUGUCGACCAGCAUGGACGCCUCCGCAGCAAAAGGCUGCUCAGCACAGAGUGGGGUCUUCCGUCUAUCGUCAAAUCGCUCAUUGGUAACACACGGACGUGCACGUACAUUGAGGAGCACUCAGUUGUUGAUCCUCGACAGAAGAGUUUGGAACUUCAGUCCACAAAUAUCACUUUUACCAACAUGGUGUCAGUGGACGAGAAGUUAACCUAUAAACCUCACCCAGAAGAUGCUGACAAAACAAUUCUGACACAAGAAGCCAUCAUCUCUGUGAAAGGAGUAAGUCUCAGCAGCUACCUGGAGGGGGUUUUAGCCAGCACCAUCUCCACCAAUGCAGGAAAGGGCCGUGAAGCCAUGGAGUGGGUGAUCAGGCGACUCAACACUGAAAUCGAGGAGCUGGCAGCGACGGCGCGUGGGACGAUGCGCAGCGCCCCCAUGGCCGCCGCCACCAUCUCUGACCAAUGACACCUACGCUGCCUCCUAUUUGUCCACCAAAGAAGCUGAUCUGGUGCUUCUUGUGUGUUACUUCAAAGCUCCAUCGUGGCAGCAGUCAGUGGUGGGCUCCUAGGGGGAAGAACACUCAGGGGACAGCAUGCUGGGAACAUGUAGCUGUGUUACGUGUGGACACUCUUAAAAACAGUGCCAAACUCUCACCACAACCAGCAAUAGUGCUGUUGUCAGGAAUUCAUUUAACACUGAUGGACCACACGGAGAUGCAUUGCCAUGAUCACAGUCAUAUAUGGAAGUGCAUCCAUUCAUAUAUGGACAUAAUUUCAAAUAUGGAGUUUAUCAAUAGACGUUCCCAACAUGGAAGGGGUUUCAUAUGGGAAUGGUUCAGUAUGUCAGAGGACAGAAUCGAUAAUAGCACAACAUAUUUUAUUUUAUUUUUUUGGUGUUGGAAUCACCUCUUCAACACUUUUCAGAGACCUCAUUAUGAACAUUCUGUACUGGGCUUCAGUAAAUAAGCUUGAAAUAUAAAUUAUUGUAGGUAUUUAAGAAAUAGGGCUAUAUUUAAGUUGUAUGAAGGGAUCAUUAUGUUGCUGAUGAUGUGUCAAAUUGAUAUCUAGAGAGUAGAAUGGUUACAUGACUACGUACUGUACUUCAACAUCUUUUGCUGCUCCUCUGCUUCUGUCUUUCUUUUAUUUGCACUUCUAAACAAAUCGCAGUUGUGCACAUUCAGAGAGAGCUGUUGGAGUGUGAAUAUUUGAAGUACAUGAAGGUUUUCGGACGGUGAUAGGGGAUUAGUUUUAUUUCUUGGUGUAUUUCUUUCAAUGUAAAGACAGAUAUUUAUUCAGAAUACAUCCUAGAAAUUGUAACUUGUGCCUCUGUAAAAUGAAGUGGUCACACUAACUCCAGAAUGUGGCAAUAUAAUAAAACUUUUUGAUGACUUUU